GGAAGAGAAAACAUCGUUGAUUCAAGCAGCAGAAGCGGAAACGGAAACUCUGCAAACUCGAUUAGCUGAGGAGAAGUCGAAGUUUAAACAGUUGUCAGAGGAGAAAACUUCGCUACAAAAUGCAAAACAGGCUUUAGAACAGAACUUAUCCACCGAACAAGGAGCUAAAGCAUCUCUAGCGCAAACGUUGGAGGAAGAGAGAGCAACC